GCAGUGCACGUAGAGCAGAGACUCGAUUACCUCUCCUCAUCGUCACUCUCAUUCAUCCUUUUCCUGUCUCUCCCUCUCCUUCCCGUCAUUCACAAACGGAGGACCGCACCACCUGCAACCAGAAACUCAACGAGGUGAAAACCUAGAGCACUUUUGUAAAACAGCAAAGCCAUGCCGAAAGCAGCUGGCAGCCCUCAGAUCUGGAUGAUGAGAAGUCUGAAGAACCACUCGCUGAUCUGAGCCAGCUGAGCAUCAGUAUGGUUGGCAGCGGGACUGUCUGAGUGCUUCAUGAUGGGAUACUUUAGGUCAGCAUCACAAAUGACUUCCUCUACAGCACGACUCAUUACAGCUCCAUUCCUCGAAGCCACUCUUCUGUAUUUGACAGCGUCAGUCUGUUAUCAAGCAAUAAAAUCUAACUAAAAGAUAAAACAUUAUGAAGCCUGCCAGUCGAGUAAGGCGGACAGUUUAAAAUAACCCCUCACAUAAACCUAGUUAAUGAUUCGCCUUUAAUUCUCUAGCCUGGUUCAGGCAGACGCAACCCAAGUGUCUACCUGAGGCUGUCUUUUUGUUUUAUGGAGGCCUUGCAUAACCUAACAACUGGGGAGCAGUCCGGAGGUCAAGAACAUCAUCAACCAGAGUCUCUUCAGAGAGGCCUAAACCCCAAAUCUCCCUCCCAGCCCCAUCAGCUGGAGCAAACCAGCUCCCCAAAGCCUCAUGAUGCACCACUGCAGCCCAAACAGCCCAGAAAAUGUAACCCUGAGCGCAAACGUCUCAGGCAGCAGCGGCAGGGCAUCGACUCCGAAACAGUGCUGGAACAUAAAAAGGAGGCAUCUGCAGCAACAAAAGCAACCGCAACAAAAGAACCAUCCUCAACCGAUGUCUUUACCCAAGCUAAACCCAAAGCCCAGGAGGAUAACCCCAAACAAAAGCGCGAACGUAAGCCUCAGAGACCAGGCAAAUAUGUUUGCACUUACUGUGGCCGACCGUGUGCCAAGCCCAGUGUCCUACAGAAACACAUUCGGUCCCACACAGGUGAAAGACCCUAUCCCUGUGCCCCAUGUGGCUUCUCUUUUAAGACCAAGAGUAACCUAUACAAACACCGCAAGUCCCAUACCCACAGGGUAAAGGCAGGAUUGGCACUUGGAGAGCCAAAAUCUUUAGAGGAGCAAGUAACAGAGUCAGAAGAUGAAACCAGACAGCUGUCAUCAGCUUCCUCCCUUACAGAUAGACAGAGCAGUGUAGCCUCAAUGAAGAGUCAUGAAACAGGCAGGGCCAAAGAUUGCUCUGGAGGAAGCAGCGACUCCUAUGCAGUGAAAAAGAGACUGGCCCUGCGUCUGAGUAGAGGAAAGCACGCUCCUCAAGACUCGUCUGAUGAAAAGACCUCGUCUCUAAUAUUAGAUAGUCGAGGUAGUACAGAAUCAGGCUAUUUUUCCCGUUCUGAAAGUACAGAGCAGUCACAAGACAGUCCCCCGAACACAAGUGCCAAAAGCUACGCAGAGAUCAUCCUCGGUAAAUAUGGACGUCUCGGACACCUACAGAAGAUGUCUCGUCAUCAUAACCAGCAUCCUUCUGGUCAGGAGGAGAAAAAUAUCUCCUUCACUGUACCCAAGAAACAGGUCAUUGACCAUAUCACCAAACUCAUCACCAUCAACGAGGCGGUGGUGGACACCAGUAAGAUUGACAGUGUCAAACCUAGGAGAUUCUCGCUCUCCAGAAAAAACAGCUCAGAAUCUCAAAAGGGUUCAAACACAAAAGAAGUGCUUAUCCAUAGUCCUAAAGCUGGAGAUGUGGGCUACAAAAGCACUGGCUCCAUCAGCAUGGGCGUUCCGUGUGAAAAAUUCCACCAUCCACCUGUUGAUGUGGAGCAACCAGUUGGCCAAAUUUCAACUGGGCCUCUGGUGAGAAGUCACUCAUUGCCGUCUGCAGGGAGCUCAUUCGAUGUCUCCGGUGGCAGUCUAUGCAAAUUCCGCCUUAGUCAAUCUUUUGAUGAACGACAACCUUCAGAAAUGCAGACUUCCCGUCGUUACGGAACACUAAGACGGCAGCCAGCGAUAGAAAUCCCACUUGGUGCAGACCUUACAAAAGAAGAGCAAGAGGUUUCUCACUCGUUUUACCCCGACAGUGUGAGCACUGACCUUACAAAACCUCAACCACAGCCAUACGAGUGUGAGGCCUGCAGCAUUGGAUGUAAGGAUUGGGAAGAUUAUAUAAAACACAAGCAAAGCCUGUGCCUUGCACCACUUCCCCAAAAUGAGGUGGUCCUUAGUCAAAUGGAGUGCUCCCAGCUAAGUAACCAUGCAGUCAGAGCAGGAGCUUCAACCAUCCGUAAAAGAAGGAAAGAAGAGAGCUUUGAGUUUGAUGACCCAGCUUCCCCUUCAUUACCCUUCUCAGCCAUUUCAUCAGGACAGUGUAAAGAUGAAAACAGUGUAGCUCACGAGGGUCCCAGAAGGCCUGUGCUGCAAACCUGCUCAGUGAUUCAACACACUAGUUCAUUUGAAAAACAAGAAUCUUUAUGUCAUGAGAAUCAAAGCAGGGAGGCAUCUAAGAGCUCUCCACCUCAUGAAAACUAUCAGCUGGUGUCUAACAAACAGCCCCAACAUCAGUUGUCAAAACUUCCAGCGCGAACACUGCUUUGCCAAAACAAUGUGAAGGUUCCAGAAAUACUGGUCACAGAGGAUUUCAGCAUUAGCCCCGAAGCCUCCAUAGAGCCAGCCUCCACGACAAAGAAUUCAGAGAAACUUGAUGAAUUUCAGUGGCCACAGAGAAGUCAGUCUCUGGCACAGCUUCCGAUUGAAAAACUCCCACCGAAGAAGAAGCGCUUGCGUCUAGCCGAGACUGCCCAGUCUUCGGGUGAAUCCAGUUUUGAGUCUAUAUCUUUGCCCCACAGCCCUAGUCAGGAUAGUAGUGCAUCAUAUGCAUCCAGUCGUUCCACAUCCUUCGAAGAACCAUACAGACCAGACAUGGAGGUCGCUACAUCAACACCACUGAGGCGAUCGAGAGCUCCUCACAUGCUGACAGUGCCGGGGGAGCACCAGCACAGAGAGAUGAGACGCUCUGCAUCUGAGCAAGCCCCCCAUGACUCACAGCCAAGUGUCCUAAUGGCUGAGACCCGCAGUAAAUCAUUUGACUACAGCUGUUUGUCCCCUGAGCGCUCUGCAGUUGGCUGGAGGGAAAGAAGAAAAUGUCUUCUCAUGAGACACGCAGCAAUUAGAGAUCGAGAUGAGGAAGAGGAGCACUGUGGUUCCCUGGGACGUAGUCCUGAGCAUGUCAGCCCCUGCAGGUCUUCUCAAUCAAGCCCAUCUUCAUCCCCUUCACCAGCUGGGAGACUCUUGGUUAAUACAGCAGGAUCACAAUGCAAAGACAAUUUCUCUAAGUGGAAGCUUAGUCAAAAUAUCCAGUUAAUAGAUGCAGUUACACAUGAUCCUUCCAUAGGUGUAAAAAAGGAGGCCCUUUACAUCCACUCACCACAGCCCAACCCUACAUACGGACCAUCAGGGGCAGCCAGAGCCCACUAUCUCCCCAUGUCCACAGGACUAAAAUUAGAGAUUCCCUCAAGAUGUGACAAUUAUACAGAAGGUCACAUCCAGCACUCUGUCCCUCACAUCACUUCCAGUUUGGAAAUACUUACACCCCUCACAUCUCCAACAGUAGCAGUGCGUCUCCAGACAGAUACGCUCACGCCAGCAUGCGCCAUAUAUACCACAUUGUCUCAGUCCACGUCACCAAGGCCCCAAGAGGCGCUAGAUGCUGUCUCACCUAAUAUGGGCAUGUCAACAGCUGAGUACAGAAACCGUAGGAACAUGAGUCCAGAUCUCCAACCAUGGUUUGAUGAUGGCCUGAGAUCUCCAGGUUCAGGGGGCAACAAGCGCAUGUUGUCCCCUUCCAACAGCAUGGAGCUCCAUCCUGAGUCACAGCAGCAGCAGAAACGAGUGAAAGAAGAAGAGGAGGAGGAGAAGGAAGCUGGAUGUCCUGACACAUCAACAGUAGACACACUUAAACAGGAGAAUCAGCCAUGUUUUCCAGUGGUUGGUUCUCCCAUCUCACUCGUUGAGACCUCGUUCCCCAGCCUGCUGUCAAGUACCUGUAACAGCUGGUGCUAUUUAAACUACAUUAAACCAAAUCCCUCUGCUCUGGACGAACAGAAGCCCUCAGUGUAUUCAUCAUGGUCGACCAGCAGCUACGAUCCUAACCCACCUGGACUCUCCAGCAAGACGGUGCUGUCCCUGCUGCACUGCAAGCAGAGGCUCAGUCCCUCCAUUUACACAACAUCCCCCAUGUCGGUCAGGACAACCCAGUCAGUGGAGCAAGAGGACAGCAAAAGACCCUGCUCUAGCAAGGUCUACAACAGCCUGCCCUACAGCAGAGACCAGGAGGGGGUGGGGAAAGGACCGCUGCCUGCAGAUGACAACGGGCCAGACACAAUACAGGAGAAGGAAGAAAAGAAGAAGCAGGAGGAAGUUAGAUCUUUCUCCAGAAAAAAACAAUCUCCUGAGAGAAGAUCAAACACACCACAGGAUGCUGCACAUGAGGAAGAUGAGAAGGAUUGCCAAUGUGAAGAUUUGAGAUUCCACUGCAAGAAUGCUUCUGAGCUCUCCUCUGAAUCUUCACCAUGUAACUGUAAUCACUGUAAAAGCACUGUCAAAGCUGCAGGGAGGUCUGUUGAACACCUGAGAUCUGAGGUACCUGAAAACCAAACCAGCUGUCACUCAGAGGACACACAUGAAGGAGUCUUUGAGGACCAGUCAUUUCGUCCGGAUCAACAUGAUGAUAGUCAGAGUUCUGCUGUGGGGAAAGGGUUGGUUGAGGAGGAUGACCAUGGACAGGAUGAAGACAGCAGGUCCACAGUGGCUGUCAGUGAUGAAGCCCAUCCAGGCAGCAGCUUGCCCGUUCCUGCCACCUCCACCCAGAAGAGCUCCGCCGGCGCCAGGAGAGCGCUGUUUGCCCGCAGACGCCACAACGCCUCCGAGUCACCGUCCACCGGAGACCCUCCUUCUCCGGGCUCUGGAAGGGAGCCAUCCACACCUUCUGACCCAUCGUCCAGGCCUCACCAGUCCCCAGCUCCUCCUCUAAUCCUCUCCACCUGUCAGGUCUCUGCAGACUCUCCAGUUCCAGGCCUGUCCUCUGCACCUGGAGGCUGUCAAGCAGGUGUCUCUGCUCAGUGUCCACCCUGUCCUCAUCUGACGGACCAGAUGUCUGCAGCAAGACCGCUCGUCCAUGGGCUCGCUCUGACCCAUAUCGCCCAGCAGCCCUCACGGUCUCGAGGGUCCAGCAACCUCCUCAGUCACCUCCCUCUGCACUCGCAGCAGCCCAGCAGAGCCCCGAGCCUCCUGAUUCCCAUCGGCGGGAUCCAUAUGAUCCAGCCCAGGUCCCCCCUCCCUCUGUACCGCCUGGUGAGCAGCCCCUCAGCAUCCAGAGGAAAGGGAAGGCUUGCCGUCCCACCGCUACAGGACGCCCUCAGAGAGGCGUCGCCCAGCCCCAAAACGGCAGAACAGAUUCCUGCAGGUGACCCGUCGCCCGGACAGAGUCGGGAACGCUUCUCUGCCUGGCAACAGUCCGGUCCAGAGACAAAACACCCAGAUCCACCUGUUAUAGAGAGGCAUGUUUACAUGGAGACCACCCAAAGCCACAAAAAGGCUCCUUCCCCUCAGACACAACUCUGAGAGGAGGGCAAGUGCAAACAGACUGAGGACCAGGACCCCUCCAUGUCCUGGUUUACAGUUUACUCUAAAACACAAGAGCACUUGAGCACCGCUUGUGAAUGACGCUGUUAUGUAAUUAUAUGAAUAAUAAAUCUAUAUAUAGGCACUAUGUUAGAUAUGCAGUAUGUUUUGUAAAUCUUUUUUACCCUUCUGUUCGAUGUCAUCAGUGUUUAUGUGAUAUUAUGCAAAUUCUGUACUAUAUGCAAAAUCAGCUGGAAUGAAAAAAGAAGUUUUAAUCAGUUUCCUAAUUAACCCUCAUUGACAGCUCUGAUAUUAAUCCUGCUGUGUUCAUGUACUGUACCACCAGAACGGCUAGAGAAACGUCCCAGGACUAUUUAUUCCCUCCAACCAGUAUUUUAAAGUGCAAUUUUCUGUCCGGAUUGUGGUUUGACUCGUCAUCCUAACUAGCUGUGAUUAUUCUUAACGGCCAGAUAAUUUAGUUGUUGUCUUUGUGUUGAGGAAGCAGGGCGACGUCAAAGCUCUGGCUCUGGCAGACAGUUUAUUUCCCCUCGUGGUAGCUACGCUACGCUUCUGUUUCACUUCUUUUUCUAAAUGAUUUUUUUCAUGUUUACCAUUAAACGUCUCAUUUUUAC